CAUGUUCAUUUGCUACUCCAAAUGCAUUUGUACCUACUUGGAAAAAUUCUGUAGACCCAAGAAGGAAGGAUUAUGGUAGGACUACCAUCUAUGGAGAACAGGGAAAAGAUUUUGAGGAAUCUUUUGGCAAAAGAAAAGGUGGACAACGAAGUUGAGUUUAAGGAACUUGCAAUUAUGACAGAAGGAUAUACUGGAAGUGAUCUAAAGAACUUGUGCACAAAUGCUACUUAUCGGCCUGCUAGAGAGCUAAUUCAGCAAGAGAGGCUAAAGAGUCUGUUGUAUGAGAAGGGCACUUGGUGUGGUGGGUCUUCCUAAUCCAUUGAAGAGAAAUUAUUAAAAUAUGAAGUCUGCUUUUAUCUAAAUCACCCUUAUUUAUCCAGAUUAAGACAUCCUUUAGUAGAAUAUAGGAAGCUGCAAAGUUCCCUCUUUUGGGGUAGAGUCAAUUCAUCAAUUAGGAGUUGGUGAGAGAAUGGAAGCCACAUAGCGGAACAAUUCAAAGGUGGUGUUAAUUGAUUCUUUGCAGUCAUGGGAGUUCCACGUCAACCAAGCCUACAAUCAGAAUACUCCUGUAAGACACUCAUUUUAUGCCAAAGUUUGGAUCUUUUUUAUUUUUUCAACCCUGGUCUGGAAAGAGUGUGCAAAAGGGGCAUUUAUGCUUCAAGUUAUUUACAAAAUCCAUUUUUGACUAUGAUUAUGUAUUUUUGGUUUUCAAUGUUUGUUUUAAUUUGUCUUCUUGUUCUUCCUUGUGGAUAUGGUAUAUUAACUUAUGGCUUAUGUAUUUUGUGGGAUCGAUGGAUCAAUAUGGGUUGCUGAUAUAUAUUAUUUUUAAUUAUUUA